AUGGAGCAGGGGAGGAAUCAGCAUCAGCUGUCGAGUCCGCCUGUUUUGGCCGCCGCGAGCGAGACGAAGGCUCCUGCGGUGUCUUCGCAGCAGCCCAAGCCGGCGGCCCCCGUGAUGCCGGCGCCUAGACAGUGGCCGAUAGCCUUCAACCCCCUGAAGCCUUCCACAGAAGUGAAAAGUGUUACUCCAAAGAAAAAGAAGCAUUGUAAUUGUAGAAACUCAAAAUGUUUGAAGAUGUACUGUGAAUGCUUUCAAGAACUUCAAUACUGUGAUGGAUGCAACUGUUCAAAUUGUGGAAACAUUGUUGGGAAUGAGAAUGCCAGAAACGAAGCAAUUGAGGCAAUUCGUCAACGUAACCCGUCUGCUUUUCAACCUAAAAUUGAAAAUGGCCCAAAUACACUCAAUGUUCGAAAGGAUAAUUCUGGAGCAGUGCCUCUUGUAGCAAAGCACCACAAAGGUUGUCAUUGCAAGAAGUCAGGAUGCCUAAAGAAGUACUGUGAAUGCUACCAAGCAAAUGUUUUUUGCUCCAAAAAUUGUAGAUGCAUGCACUGUAAAAACUCUGAAGGAAAUGAAGACACAGAAACUUCAAUUCAUAGGGACCAUGCAUCUGACAGAAAUCACAUUCAACAAGCAGCUAAUGUAGCAUUCAAUGGUACUGUUGGAUCAUCAGGAUAUAUCUGUUCUCUGAGUAGAAAAAGAUCCCAUGAAGAUGCCCUAGGUGUUAGGAUAAAUUCUGAAGGAAGCAUGCCAAAGACACAAUAUCAACAGGGUAACCAUGCAGAUGUUUCACUGCUUGCACCCUGUUCCACAGGAUUUGAUAGACACAAUGCUGCCAAUUCUAAAUCAAAUAACCCAAUCUACAGGUCUCCACUAGCAAACACCAUCCACCUCAGGGAGGUCCAUGAUUUAGUCAAGCAAUUGGUGAUGGUUUGCAGAAUGGCUGCAGCAACAGUAGCUGAUAAUGAAAUUGAUUUGAUUGCAGAAGAGAAGGGAUUCCAGUCAAAUAACGGGUUAAACAAUGGUAACUGCAAACAGCAGGACUUCAAAGAAGCCUCCUCAACGGACAUCCUUAGCAAAGGAUUUAGUCAUCAACCGAACAUCAAUGAAAUGGGCUCCCAUUGGUCUGAAACUUCGAAUGUUUCUAGGCCUGCAUCUCCAACAACACAAGCACUAAUGUGUGAUGAACAAAAUACCACAUUUGGAAAUGAGCCUGCAUCUCCAACAACACAAGCACUAAUGUGUGAAGAACAGAAUACCACAUUUGGAAAUGAGCCUGCAUCUCCAACAACACAAGCACUACUGUGUGAAGAACAGAAUACUACAUUUGGAAAUGAUUAUAGAAGUUCAUUUCCUUUGGUUUCGCGUGAUCAAGAUAUUUCUGAGAUAAAUGCUGCGCAAGAAAACCUAGUAUUGACUGGGCUACGACAGUAUCUCUGUGAAAUUAUCAAACGUGGAAGAACAAAUGAACAAUCCUCAUUAGAGGCAGCAAUGGAAUUGGAUGCCAGACAGCAUCAUGGAGCACCACCUGCUUUGUUUGCAGUAGAAGCUGAAGAAAACUUUCCUUCUUCAAGCACUAUUGAAACCCCAAGAACUAAUCAACAACCUACACCAAAUGGUGGAUCGAAAGAUAGCAUUGGAAGCUAA